AUGAAAAAAAUUGGUUUAACACAGCGUCGUCGAACUGAGAAAGCUAUUAUUGAUGCUCUCUUAAAGAUAUCUGAAAUUGUUCAGAAAACAGAAACUAGUCGACAACGUCAAAAAUCGAAAAAAACAAUUGGUGAUGGUGAUUGUAGUGAGGUUCAUAAUGAUGGUGAUGAAGAACAACAACAACAGCAACAACAAGUACCUGUACCGCCUUCUAUGCGUACAAUUGAUUCAUAUGUGUCAGGUUUUAAUCAACAAUCAAUAGAAAAAUCUUCAUAUUCUAAUCAAACAUCAAUUCAUAAACCUAAACAACAUAUAUUGAGUCCUUCAUGGAAUUCACAAGAAACAGAUCAACGAUACGAUCGAUCAUUAGGACAGGAAUAUGCAGAUAAUAAUGAAUAUAAAAAUCAAGAACAUUCUAAUAAACGUUGCUAUUAUGAUUCUUCAUCUACAUCAUUAUCGUCGAAUGAUAAUCAUUAUCGAAAGAAAUCUUUCAAACAUCACUCAAGCCAUAAAUCUGUUCAAUCAAAUAAGAAUUUACAACCGGUAUUUCAAGAAUCAGAAAAAACUGAAAAUCAACCAACAAUAGCAACUGUUCAUUCUCAUACGACUUCCUAUCAAGUUAAUUCUGCAGCUACAACUAUUCUUGAUGAUCAAUCAUCAUCUUUAGUUAUGAUGCCAAUGACUUCAGCUCUAACAAAAUCAUUACCAAUUGCUAAUGAACAGCAAUCGUCAAUAAAUUCAACUCCUGUUCAUACAGAACAACAACAACACUUUUCAUCAUCAUCGAAUAUAUUAACAGAUUUUGAUGUAUUUAUUGAUCAGCAAUUACAAGCUACAUUAGAAAAACAUUUAAAAAAUAAUUUACUAUCGUCAACAAAUCGUGAAAAUAUUCCAACACCACGAAAAACUAGAGUAGUUACUUUAACAAAAUCAGAAACAGGAAAAUUGAUGAAUGAAUUAAAAUUUACGAAACAAGCUUGUAAUUUAGAACAUUAUGACAAACAGUACAAAUUACUUAAAUUCAUUUAUAAGAUUCGAGUCGAAUCUGAAAAUUGUAUUUAUUUAUUUCAGCGUGAAUUAGCAAUGCUUGCUGCUAAACAAGGCAAUUAUUCUUUAUCUUAUUCUAUUUAUACAAAUCUCUUACAUGAUACUCAAGAUGAUUUCAAAUUAAAAUCCGAAAUUUUAGCAUCACGUGCUACAACAUUAUUAUUAGAACAAAAAUGUUUUGAAUCAAUUGAUGAUUGUACACAAGCAAUUGCAUUUAAUCAAUGGAAUAAAUUGGCAUAUGUUGUACGUGCUGCAUGUUGGAUGAUAAAACAAGAAUAUUCUAAAGCAGUUGAAGAUUAUUCAAAAUUAUUUCAUUUUUUUGAUCAAAGUCAACAUGUUUUAGAUUUAUUAAAUUUAGCUUAUGAAAAAUUAAAAUCAUUCAAUAAUGAUAUUGAUGAUGAACAAUCGAUUAAAAUCGAACAAGAAAAAGAAGAUAUUCAAUCAAUUAAAAAUAUUAAAAAUGAUAACAAUACAACACAACCUAUGACAUCAUUAAUUGAUACUUGUGUUAAUCCUACACAAUCACUUUCUUUAGUUUCACCAACUGCUUCUUUUAUGCAACCAGCUAUCUAUCUUUGUUAUCCUUAUCAAGCUUAUCCAACUUGGUAUAGCACUAAUAAUAAUGAACAACGAACAACAACUAAUGGAGAAGAAAUUCAACAACCAACCUAUAUUAUUACAAAUGCUAGUUUCACUUCACAUCCAUCUCUAAUCAUUGAUCAAUCACCUAUGUCUUCUGAAAAACCAUUUCAAAAUCUUUAUCAAACAAAACAUAAAUCAUGUCAAUCUAUACAUUCAAAUAAUAAUGCACUUUUAUCAACUAUUGAACAUGAAUCAUCUUCUAUUAAUAAAAAUUUACAAUCAAAUUUAAUUUGGAUUAAAAAUCCAUAUCGAUCAUUUUGA